AUGCGACUCGCUGCCGCCACUCUGCUCGCUGCAUCGGCAGUCGUGACUUGGGUCACCGGCGAGUCCAUUUGCACGCUCAGUGACUCGGAAUCCUGCGCUGUCGAGAGCCUCGCCCCCUCCGAAGACGAUGGUAGCGUGCUCAUCUACCCUGGAGGCAAUACUCGCUGUGCGUUCGACGACUACACGGACUCGACGUUCACGUCCAACUCGACCUACUUCUUCCAGGUGUUCCCCAACUCGAAUCUGGACAAGUCCAACUUGAUGAUUUUCUUCCAAGGAGGCGGGGCCUGCACCGACGAAGAAACGUGCUCAUUCGGGAUGCAGUGCUCGCUGGGGGCUAGCGCGACACUGACAACCUUCGCAACUUCCAGCAGCGCUGGAGUUCUCAAUCGGUCGAUCUCGGACAAUAUGUUCAAGGACUGGAACAUCGUGUUCGUGCCAUACUGCACUGGAGACGUCCACGCCGGCAACAGGAUCCUGGCUCCUUACGAGAGCAGCAUCGCUGAGCUGCUCGGAGAGCCCCAAUGCCUUGGACUGAACUACACCAUGUACCUGAACGGAUACAACAAUACCCAGGCAGCGUUGGAUUGGGCGCUCAAGAACUACCCGGAUGUCGACAACCUCAUCGUCGGUGGCGAGAGUGCUGGCUCACUCGGUGCACAACUGCAUAGCGCCCACAUCGCCGAACUAUGGGACGUCAGUGCCAAGGGUACGCGCUUCUCUGUCAUCGCGGACAGCUACGUUGGGGCGGUUCCGGCCAACCACACCGGCUCCGAGUCGUUGCACUUUACCGGGGUAUGUGACGUUAACCUCGGCAUGCCUGCCAAUGUGAUAGCGGACUGUGAUGCCGAGACGGCGACCACCACGGAGAUGACGGAGUCGUUGAUCGAAGCGGAACCCCAAGGCAACUGGCUGUUCAUCAACAGCAAGGGAGACCUGACUCAGCGAUACUUCUACGCAUUGCUGGAGGAGGGCAUCGAAGGCUACCCGUUCACUGAUCUCGUGUCGGAAGACGACUUCUACACCGACAUGAGCGCCAUACUGGAUGCUUACCAGUCCAUCAGCUCGCGCAUCACGACGUUUUACGUCGAGGGAACGAAGCACGUGUUCUUAGCUGACACGAACUUCACGAGUUACGAGAGUGACGAGGGGUUGCUGCUUGGCGAUGUGAUCAACGCGUGGCUGCACGAGUUCCCAAUCCGGAUCGCCAGCUUCGACCACAUCAGGAUCGUCGACAACAACGUCAAGCACAAGCGCGAGCACAACGACGAUGGCCACAACUCCUUCAUACUGUUAAGUGCUUAA